UAGUCCAGUGUUGCAGCUGAUUUAUCUGUAUGGAUUUAAUGCGGUGCUUCAACAUCAGUUUUUUCAGAGGCAGAGCAGUGAAUGUGACCUGAAUGCAGGGCAUGACUUAAUGGGAUGAGACGCAAAACUCAUUCAAAACAGUCUGUUGAAGAAUCUGAGAUGCUUUCGCAGCCUUAGUCAUCGCGGCCAUAUGAUUUUUCUAGGCCCACUGGACUAUAUGCGGCUGCAUUUUUUAAUGUGAACAGAUUUCAUUUGUUGGAGUGAUGCCUUGGCUACAGUAAGAUGCGUUUCUAAGGAGGGGACAGUCAUGGAUUUAGGAUCUGGUUUGUUUCAUUAUAACGUGAGCUCACCGCUGCUGAAACACCAUGGAGUGAUUGACGUACAGUAACUGGGUUUUGGGAGCGAGGAGAUCGACCCUUUGGUCCAUCGGUUGCCUGUAUCUCAGUGCUCCAAUCCUGCGUUUUUUUGUUGACGGAGCCCCUUGGCAAUCGGCAUUAUUUCCUCUCCGUCUGUGGCUAGUGGGGGAGGCGGAGAGAGAGCCGCGGAGGAAGGCGCCGUAUUAGCGUUUCAGCUGCUGACCACGAAUAAUGCUUUAUUUUGGGGAAUGAAACGUGGCUUAUGUUUUUGCGAGCGGACUACCAAACUUGUGCUCCACUGCAGCAUUUUGCGUCUUUUCCCUCCGCUGCAGAUGAUACAGAAAAGCAUCAUAGCGGUACCCCACCACUGCAUUUUUUGGGCAAAGAUAAGAGUGGCGUCGUCUUGCAGUUAAGGCUACUAUGGCAGCAUAGGGGGCAUCUUCUGGAGGGGAGAAUCCGCCAAUUCCUUGCUUAGCCCUGUCUCCAAUGCCUUAUUAUUAGCGGAAAGCAGUGACUGGAUUUGAAACCCAGCUGUUUACCCGUUGGAAAUCACUCGAAAAAGCAGCGGAUCCCGAUGGCAUGGACACUUAUGCAAGGUCUGCCGCGCUGCCGUGCUACAGGAGCCUACUCGCUGUCUCUACAUUCAACCCAGCUCCAUCGCCAUCGCCCCGCAGCCGAGAGAGCCCUGCCGCAACGCGACCAGCGACCACCGAGCCAAAGCAGGCGGCAUGAGGCUUGAUUCAGUACAUUUAUCCAUGCUGGUCAUCGGGGUCUCAUUCGCCUGCUACUCCCCGAGUUUGAAUUCCCUGCAGGACCAGGUUUUCAAAUCCUCCGUGGUGAUCGAGGGCAAGGUGCAGUCUACGCCUGUGAACAUCUCCGCGGAGCCGUACCGUGUGAAUGUCAAAGUGCUGGAUGUUUGGCCCCAGAACAGCGGGGGUCUGGAGCGAGAACAGCUCGUCACAGUGGGGGAAUUUGGAUCCGAGGCUCCGUGCACCAAAGUGAAGAGAAACCACAAAUACAUCUUUUUCAUGGACCCCACUGACGAGCCCUUGGUUUUCAAGGCAUCGUUCGCGCCUCUGGACACGAGUGGAAAGAACCUUAAAAGGGAUGUUGGGAAGAUCUUGUGUGAGGACUGCGCUGCGGCUCCAAAGUUAAAACCGAUGAAGAAUCCAAUAAUAGUGGAAGAGGGGACCAAGCUCACAGUGAAGUGCGAGGCCACAGGGAGCCCUCUCCCCACCUACACGUGGUUCAAAGAUGGCAACGAGCUGAAGAAAGGCCUAAAAGUCAAAAUAAAAAACAGCCAGAAAAACUCCAGAGUCCAGAUCGGCAGAGCAAGACUGGAGGAUUCUGGGAAUUACACAUGUGUGGUGGAGAACCCGCUGGGAAGAGAAAACUCCACCGGCACUGUAAACGUCCAAAGCUUAACCACAACGCUAUCUCCAGGCUCAGGCCACGCCAGAAAAUGCAACGACACAGAGAAGGCCUACUGUGUGAAUGGCGGCGACUGUUACUUCAUACAUGGUAUAAAUCAGCUCUCCUGCAAGUGUCCAAAUGACUUUACUGGUGAUCGCUGUCAAACCUACGUUAUGGCCAGUUUCUACCAGCAUCUUGGGAUUGAAUUUAUGGAGGCAGAGGAACUCUACCAGAAAAGAGUCCUGACAAUCACGGGUAUUUGUGUGGCUCUGUUGGUGGUGGGCAUCGUGUGUGUGGUUGCCUACUGUAAAACCAAGAAACAAAGAAAGAAGAUGCACAAUCAUCUGCGACAAAACAUGUGUCCAGAACAUCCCAAUCGUAGCCUAGCUAACGGACCCAAUCACCCAGGACCAGGCCCAGAGGAAAUCCCCAUGGUAGAUUACAUAUCAAAGAACAUCCCUGCAACUGAACGAGUCAUACGGCCUGCGACAGAGGGGUCGUUCCCCGCCAGCCAUGCCUCUUCCAGAUCUCAUAACUCUUCCACACGGGCCCAUUCAUCAACUCAUAGACAUGAGGAACGGACAUGGAGCCUGGAACAUUCUGACAGCAUCCUUUCUGACUCGCCGGGAAUGAUGUCAUCGUCCGUGGGGACCAGUAAAUGCAGCAGUCCUGCGUGCAUGGAGGCACGGGCUCGCCGCGCUGCACACUGUGGUUACUCUGACCCCCAUCGGCCGGGCCUGCAGUACGGAGACUCCUUCGACUCGCUGGGAGACUCUCCGCACAGCGACAGAUAUGUGUCAGCCCUGACGACACCAGCCCGCCUUUCGCCAGUGGAUUUCCAUUACUCAUUGCCAUCGCAGGUGCCUACCUUCCAGAUUACAUCCCCCAAUGCCAGCCAUGCCAUGUCUCUGCCUCCUGCUGUCCACAACCCCUACCCGCUGGAGGAUGACCAGCCUCUGCUGCGCCGCUACCAGGUGCCCCUACACGAUGCCCAGUGCCAGGAGCCCUACCGGCAGCAGCGUCGCACCUAUCUUAAUGACAGCAGGGGCAGCCUGCCCUCCAGCCCCUACCGGCUGGCUGAGGAAGAAGACUAUGAGACCACCCAGGAGUAUCUCUCCUCUCGGGAGCAACCAAAGAGAAGUGGGUCUGGUGGAAGUGGGAGCCGGCGCUGGCGAAGAUCCAGACUGAACGGCCACGUGGCCCCACGUGGAUACGAGGCAUCUCGGGAAUACGGAUCCCGAAGCUGCCUAACAGAUAGUGAGUCCGAGGAGGACGGUGAGAGCACGCCCUUCCUCAGUAUGCAGAACAUGAAUGCCGAGCCGUCCACCAUCUACAGGCCGGCGGACAGUCGGACUUCUCACUCAUCGGGGCGGCACAGUGGGCAUGGAAACAUGCACACAAGACUUACACACUCACGCUCCAAACCGGACAAUACACCCCAUUAAAGAGUGAAAAUGAACCAACGAAAAUCAAUAUAGUAUAGACCUGCAUCUAUAAGAAAUAUUUUUAUUUUAUAUAACUGACAGAUAUUCUAAACAAAUGAAAUAUUUAUUUUCAUUUUAGCAAAAGUUGUCUACUAGUUAACAGCAAAGACUUUUUUAUAGGGAAAACUCUAUUUAUAUGUACAUUUUGAUUUACAGCAUAAAAGAUGUGCCAGUUUUUUCACAACGUAAAAAAUAGAGUAAUAUUGUGGUGCCUUUUGCUGUAUGCCGAUGCCAGAGGGCCAGUGGAGGUUUUUGUAGCCUUUCUUAUAUGGACGCCUCAUUUUUUAUACACGUUUGUUUUUUUUUCUUCUCUGGUUUCCUGUUUUAACUUUUUUUUUUCUUUCCAAGUUGCAUUCUUUGAGGAGUCUAGCCCCACUGAAACAUAACCCUUCCAUGUCACGCAAUAUAAACCACUUCAACAUAAAGUGUAUGUUUACAUUAA